AUGGACCUGGGUCACAAGCCCGCCGCGGGCGAUGCGACCCCCGCAGCGGAGGUGCAACAAUGCCCUGACAUAUAUUCCCAACCGGAGAGCCGCAGAAGCACCCCGGACAUACUCUCAGGCGUGCCGUCUCCUACAAACUCCACAGAGACCGCGGGCAUGUCUAUGAUCAGCAGUCCGACGCCGACGCAGAUCGACCCCUUUGCUACAACUAUUGCUGGAACCGCAGGGAAUGGCACUCCUAGCAUAUCAUCAUGGAGUUCAAACUCGGACAGGCAGCUUGGUCAUGCCUAUGGAGAUGACCGAGUGUUUCCCAUAAGAUCGGUUCUAACCGUCGAUAACUCGGGUCACUCAGGAGAACAGUCGGAUUAUUUCCCGCAACGUCACAGUCAUGAAGACACCCCGCAGUCACCUCGAGGAGCUCUAAGGUCGUUUAUGGAACUUGCAGGUCCUGGCAGGCGUCCAGGGCCUGCCAGUGAGGAGCCUAGCUCUUCCACUGUGACAUCGCCUAGCGAACGUGUCAGUGGAGCUGAGCCAGGGAGAAGACAGAGGCGAAAUACCGGCACUGGAACUGUCCUGAGCACCCAUGGGGACCUCAGUCGCCAUACUACCUUUGUUGAGCCGGUACCACUUUCCUUAGACGAUGAUUCAUCGGAAGAUGAAGGUGAAAAUUCGCAAUCCAUCCCGGCGGCAGCAAAGGCCAGUGAGCCCAGUGAAGGGCAAUCGGCAGCCGGCGAAUCGGUGGAUGAAGGCUUGACGACUGUGAGGUUCGAGCAUGUGGUUACUGCGGAGGGUCAUGCUGUCAUCACGGGAAGGUCUGGAAAACUUGAACGCUGCGAGGACGAGCCUAUUCAUGCGCCCGGGGCAGUACAAGGCUUCGGAGCGUUGGUCGCCCUUACCGAGGACGAGAACGGCUGUCACCUGGUGCGCUACGCGAGCGAGAACACGAAGCAAAUUUUGGGAUAUUCCCCGCAAAGACUGUUUAGUUUGGAAAACUUCUUUGACAUUCUCAGCGACGAGCAAGCCGAAAACAUGCAGGAUCAUAUGGACUUUAUCAGGGACGAAGAAGCAAAUCCGGAAGCUAAUGGGCCUGAAGUGUUCAGCAUUUCCAUUCGUCACCCAAAACAACAAAACACGAGGAUAAAGCCUGUCAAGCUCUGGUGUGCUAUGCACAUCAACCCGAAUCGUCCCGAAAUGGUUGUCUGCGAAUUCGAGCUAGAUGAUGAUGAGGCGAACCCUUUGAGGCCACCGGGUGAGGCCACUCCAGAGAUGCCGACAGACACGUUGCAGGCGAACCCCACGGCGGAGGAGCUCAUGGAGAGCACCGAGGUUUUGAGCAAGCCUAUCAGAGUUUUGCGAAGUGCUCGUAAGCGAAGGGGUGAGGCUGGCGCCAUGCAGAUUUUUGAUAUCAUGUCGCAAGUACAAGAGCAGCUCGCAACCGCCGACAACCUGGAGAAAUUCCUCAAAAUUCUUGUCGGUAUUAUUACCGAGCUGACCGGCUUCCACCGUGUCAUGAUAUACCAGUUCGACGCCGAGUUCAACGGCCGUGUGGUCACGGAGCUUGUCGACACGGCCCAGACGAGGGAUCUUUACAAAGGCCUUCACUUCCCUGCAUCUGAUAUCCCGAAACAGGCUCGUGACCUAUAUAAGAUCAACAAGGUCCGCUUGCUAUAUGAUCGGGAUCAACCAACGGCGCGCCUGGUCUGUCGGUCAACCGAAGAUCUCGACAAGCCUUUGGACCUGACCCAUUCUUACCUUAGGGCAAUGUCCCCAAUUCAUCUCAAGUACCUCGGCAACAUGGCUGUGCGUUCGUCCAUGUCGAUAUCUAUCAAGGCAUUCGAUGAGUUGUGGGGCCUGAUAGCCUGUCACUCAUAUGGGCCGAGAGGAAUGCGCGUCUCGUUUCCUAUCAGGAAGAUGUGUCGCCUCGUGGGAGAUACUGCCUCUCGAAAUAUCGAGAGACUGUCAUAUGCAUCCAGGCUUCAAGCCAGGAAGCUCAUCAACACGGUACCCACUGACAAGAACCCAUCGGGAUACAUUGUAGCGUCAUCCGAUGAUCUCUUGAAGCUGUUUGACGCCGACUUUGGAGCAGUCUCGAUUAGGGGCGAGACCAAGAUCCUCGGCAAGCCCGAAUCGACACAGGAAAUUCUAGUCUUACUUGAGUACCUGCGCGUGAAGAAGUACACGGCGGUUUUGACGAGCCAGGACCUUACCGUGGACUUUGCGGACCUUAGGUAUGCCCCGGGAUUUCAAAUGAUCGCCGGGUGCCUUUAUGUCCCGCUCAGCGUUGGUGGAAACGAUUUUAUAGUGUUUUUCCGUCAGGGUCAGGUCCGGCAAGUCAAAUGGGCGGGCAAUCCGUACGAAAAGGUUGUCCAGGAAGGUACACAACAUUAUCUAGAGCCGAGGAAGAGUUUCAAAGUAUGGCACGAGACGGUGGUGGGCAAAUGCAGAGAUUGGUCUGAAGAACAGGUCGAAACGGCGGCCGUUCUCUGCUUAGUAUAUGGUAAAUUCAUCGAGGUCUGGAGGCAAAAGGAGGCUGCGCUUCAGAGCAGCAAGCUCACAAAGCUGCUUCUCGCCAAUUCUGCUCACGAAGUCAGGACGCCCUUGAAUGCCAUCAUCAACUACCUAGAAAUCGCCCUCGAAGGGUCUCUUGACCAAGAAACCAGGGACAACCUAUCUAAAUCACAUUCUGCAUCGAAAUCUCUCAUCUACGUCAUCAACGACCUUCUCGACCUUACCAAGGCAGAAGAGGGCCAGGAGCUCAUCAAAGAUGAGAUAUUCGAUCUUCCAGCCUGUAUCCACGAGGCAACGGAGCCCUUUACCUCGGAUGCCAGGCGCAAAGGCAUUGGCUACGAGGUUAUUGAGCAUCCCGGCUUGCCAAGGGCGGUGUAUGGUGAUCAACGCAAGGUCAGGCAGGCCGUCGCCAAUGUUACGGCCAAUGCCGUCCAACACACGUCGCAAGGCUCUGUCAGGAUCGAAUUCUACGUCGUCGAGGUGGAUGUCGAGCAGCACAAGGUCAAGGUCGAGAUUGCGGUUCAGGAUACAGGCUCAGGCAUGUCAAAUGCUCAACUUGACGCGCUCUUCCGCGACCUUGAGCAGGUCAGCAUCGAUGAUACUCAGCCGUUGGAUGCAAGCGGUCCAGACACGACCGAAUCCAACGAGACACAGUCGCCUAGAACUCUAGGUCUCGGCAUAGCAGUCGUGGGCAGAAUCGUUCGAAACAUGAAUGGACAGCUGCGUCUCAAGUCGGAAGUCGGCAAGGGCUCCAGAUUCGUAAUGCAGUUCCCCUUUGACAUGCCGACGGACGACUCACCAAUGUCGCAGGAUGGGAGCAGCGUCGCAGUGCAUUCGGUCACAGAAUCGAACACCGUGUCGUUAUCGGGUACUGGCCGUCUCGAAGGGGAGGUCACACUGAUUGAUGGCGCACCUGUUGUGAAUGAGACUCAACUCUUCCAUGGCCCGUCGUCAAAGAGGAGCUUUGAGGAUGCGGCCAGUAUCACUAGUCGCAAUAGUGGCAACAGCAAAUCUAGUCUCAAGAGCAGGACCAGCGUGAGGAGCAAGGGUAGUACUAAGAGCAACAUGAGCGAUGCGGACCGUUUGAUCGACGCAAUCCAGCUGCCCCUUGAGUUUGGCGAGCCAGACUCGCAACGGAUCGGUCUUGAGCGUCGGAAUUCAAAGGGCGCCUAUUACCAGGCAGGACCCAGCCCUCACAGUCGAAGAGCAUCGAUCAGUCCGACGGCAACCAGGAGGUCUGAUAGUCUGGGUCGUUCCUCAGCUCACCGUGCGGAUGGCGCCAUGACCACAUCGACAGACGCUCCAGUGGGGAUGCAAUAUGUGACAGAUGCAAAGAUGCCCAUAAAGCCUGUCAGGAUUGCCGACGAUGACGAACUUCACGAUCGUCCCCAGCGACCACACCAGAGCCAGACGUCUGGCGUACUCUUUGAACUGCCAGAUGACAGCUCCAAGCCGCCCAGGAGUUCCGACGCGCAUUCAGUCAGCACUGCGGCUCCUUCGGAAUAUCAAGCCCCACUAAGGGUUCUCUGCGCCGAAGAUGAUCCGAUCAACAUGAAGUUGUUGAGAAAGCGAUUAGAGAAGGCCGGCCAUGUUGUUUCUCACACGGUCAACGGUGCCGAUUGUGCAUCUGUAUACAAGGAGUUACCCAGCUCCUUUGAUGUGAUUCUGAUGGAUAUGCAGAUGCCGAUUGUCGAUGGUCUAGAUAGCACCAAGAUGAUUCGUGCCUUUGAAGUCGAAGAUGAGACAAAGCCCGAGGGUGAAUCUACCACAUCCGGAAGGAAAAUUCCCAUUAUUGCCGUGUCGGCUUCGCUAUUGGAGUCUAAGAAGUCGACAUACAUCGAGGCAGGUUUCGACGGCUGGAUUCUGAAGCCCAUCGACUUUAAACGUCUGGAGACUCUGCUUACCGGCAUUGGUGAUUCGGCCGUGAGGAAUGACUGUCUUUAUGAACCCGGCUGUUGGGAGAGGGGAGGCUGGUUCUUUGAGAAAGACCCGAUUGAAAGCAAAGAGGCUAGCGGAUCCGAUGCUGAAAAGGAGAAGGACGAACAGAAGGGACCUUGAGACGAUCCCCUUGAGGUCCGAAAGUUCAAAUGGCGAGGACCGCAUCCACGAACAUUAUAAGGCGCACUUUGGUCUGACGUCCUGGCAAUUAUCAACUGAUAUUGCGACAACUUCAAAGUCCUGGCUUAAAAAAGCCAGUUACCGCCACAAAAAGCCACACUAUAUACACCCGAUACGCAUCUUGACUUAUUGGUCAGUUUUUUUACUUCUUUUGAUGCAACAUUCAAGGCAGGUUACUUGGAUGGAGACCUGGUUCGACAAGGCUUAAUAACAGGACGAAUACACGGGGCGCUAGUCUUUUGUUUCGACAUACACGAUGAUAAACUGUUCUUCCAAAUACCUCAGCAUUCUUGACAUCAACUUUUGAACGAUACCAGGCAACGAUUUUUGGGAGACGAACACGAAAGAUCAGCAUGGCAUGGCGUUUACGGUUUUUUUAUUUUUAUUUUUUUCCUUGGGGGAAUUUUCCCCUCUUUGUGUCUGUUUCGUUUAUAUACAUAAUUCUGUUCAUUUUGUUUCCCUCACGGUGUCCUCGUUGGUUUGCUGUGGUAUUAUAAGCAAAGACGGGAUGGGCCAUGGAAGGGAUUUACGGAAUCCUGCCUUUGGCAGGCGGUCCUUGGUUAACCACAAAAACUUUUUGUCACGAGUUCACGGUAUGACACAGUAUACGGCAUGCAUACAUGGGUGGGAACUUAUGGGACACGGGAACGGACAUGGGAAGAUUGGAGUUACGGUAUGGCAGAGUACACGGUAUGCCUACACAAGAAUG